AAAAACAAUUGUGAAAAAAAUGAAAAAACACUCCUGCUUCCAAAUCGCCAUUCAUGUGCUUGAGAUCUCUCUCCCUCCACACCAUCUCAUCAUCAUCAUCAGAUCUACACUCUCUUCUUCACUGAAUUUUCUCCAGUAAAUACCCAAAUCUGACUUGUGUAUUGAAUUCAAACCAGUUCUCGAUUCUCUCUCUCCUAAUUUUGUUUCCUCUCCUGGGACAAGAAUGGCGCAGCAACAGUUUCUUCACCAACGUCCCAUCCAAAACCCAUUCUCUUCCUCAAAAUCUUCCCUCUCAAACCGUCCAAUCUCCCUCCUCAGCCGCAACGGCCUCCUCCUCCUUCUCGCUCUCCUAGUCAUCCUUGGCGUAUUCGUACCCUGGGCUGGAUCUCCCUUAUUCCCCUCUCCAAACACACUCUCUCCUGCUCAAUCCAAAUGGCGCCAAUAUUCCCUCGCUGAAGCAGUUAAAUUCGUAGCUAAGAACAGGACAGUGAUCGUCUGCGCCGUGAGCUAUCCUUACUUGCCUUUCCUCAACAACUGGCUGAUCAGCGUCUCCAGGCAGAACCAUCAAGACAAAGUCCUCGUCAUCGCUGAGGAUUACGCUACUCUCUACAAGGUUAACGAGAGAUGGCCUGGUCACGCCGUUCUCAUCCCUCCCGCGCUUGAUUCUCAGACCGCUCACAAGUUCGGCUCUCAGGGUUUCUUCAAUUUCACAUCCAGGAGGCCGCAGCAUCUCUUGCAAAUAUUGGAGUUAGGUUACAGUGUUAUGUACAACGAUGUUGAUAUGGUCUGGCUCCAAGAUCCUUUCAAGUAUUUGGAAGGAAGGCAUGAUGCUUACUUCGAGGAUGACAUGACUGCAAUUAAGCCGUUGGAUCAUUCUCAUGACUUACCACCUCCGGGUAAAAAAGGAAGGCCUUAUAUAUGUAGCUGCAUGAUUUUCUUGCGCCCCACUAGUGGCGCAAAGCUUCUGAUGAAGAAGUGGAUUGAGGAAAUGCAAGACCAACCUUGGUCCAGAGCAAAGAAAGCAAACGAUCAGCCUGCUUUUAACUGGGCUCUUAUGAAAAAUGCUCACCAGGUGGAUCUCUACUUGCUUCCUCAGGCAGCAUUCCCAACUGGAGGAUUAUAUUUCAAGAACAAGACAUGGGUAAAGGAGACAAAGGGGAAGCAUGUGAUAAUCCACAAUAACUACAUUCUGGGUUUCGAGAAGAAGACCAAACGUUUCCGUGACUAUGGUCUAUGGUUAGUGGAUGAUCAUGCUCUUGAAUCCCCAUUAGGAAAAUUAGACUAAAUUCAUAUGACAGAAAUAUAUUGUUUUGGUCGCUCCCUCUUUUAUUGUUUUUAGGCUGUGGAGUAUAAAGGUAUACACAUUAUGUAUUGCUAUAAUUGACAUUUGAGUCUGGCAUUUCUAUGAUUAAUUACUUCAUUCAAGUCUGGCGAUGGCAUUUUUGCUGUGGUCAACUAUAACUAAGGUUGCAGUGAGGAGAAUCAAAUCCGGAUUAUGGAUUAUUUUACACGUUUUAACGGCUAAAUUAGUAAAACAAUAUUAUCUACGGAUAUUAUUGGAUUGGUGCACUAAUGGACUGUAAAAAUCAAUUUAUAGAAAAUUUUUGGUGUUAAAA